AUGCAAAGAGCUCAUCAUAAACAUCGGCAUUCUUUGUUUCCUCGUAUGGAUCCUAAUCGCUUCUCUUAUACUACGGAUAUCAGCUCUCUCUCUCUCUCUCUAUAUAUAUAUAUAUAUAUACACACACUCUUUUCUUUCCCUUUCUUUUCUAACUUAUUUUCUUCUUCUCUCACUCCACCUCCCUUCUUUUUCAACUUUCUAUUUUUCUUCUUCAUUCUCCCCCCACCGCAGUUUCUUCUUUUACUCUCUCUCUCUCUCUCUCUCUCUCUCCUUUACUUUCUUUCACUCUCUCUUUCUCUCAUUUUAUCUGUUUUCUUUGUACUUUUCCACACUCUCUCAUUUUCUAUUCUUUCUCCUUUCUUUAUAUUUCAUACUUUUCUCCCCCCUUCCCCUCCUCCUCUCUCUCUCUCUCUCUCUCUCUGCGUCCUCUUGUUUGCAUCUCUCCUUCCACUUCCAUUUUAUUUCAGUCUCCCAUCUCUCUUUCUUACCUGCUUUAUACUCUCUCGCUUUCUUCUCUUUCCUCUCUCUCUCUCUCGUUCUCCCUCUCUCUCUCUCUAA